AUGUCGUGGUCGAAUAGUAUUAGUAGUGCAAGUAGUAGUAGUACGUUUAAGCUGAAGAGGCCUCAUAGCCCUGAUUCUGUUGGGGUCAAUAACUAUAAGAAGCAGAGGUUAAUUCAAGAUUUCGAAAAAUUAAGCCUAAAAGAUAGUUCUCAUGGAGCUCAGAGUCAAGUAGUUACCGCGAAUAAUAAUCUCUUGGAUGAAAUUGGAAUUGGCAUUAUAAGCAUACCGAAGGAUGUUAAGAAACGUGUAAGGAGGCUUCGAAAUAGUAGUGGUACCUAUAAUGAUGAAAAAUUGAUUUAUGAAAAGCUGAGAGAGGCAAUUCGUAAUGAACAUUUACAGAUUAUUCGUUGGCAGGAUCCCUUACAUGUCGUUUACCAGCAAUGGCUUAGGUGGAUACGAACGAGAUGGAUAGUUUGGCCAGCCCAACCUUACCCUGAAGAUAACGAUAAUGAUGAUUACGAUUACAACAACUUUUAUGGCGGUUACGAUAGUGACGUGGAUAUGGAUGCAUAG